AUAUACACGCAUCAAUCCUUAACCUUCUCUCUCUGUCUCUAUUUCUUUCAUCGUUUUCUCCCACAUUACCUCAUCGAUAUAUUAAUGGGCAAUUCAGUAGCUCCAUGUUUCCAGCCAAAUCAAAGCUCGAGGUCUUCUUCUUCUUCUUCUUCAGUGAAGCUCAUCUUCUGGGAAGGAAAUACAAGAACCCUAACCGGAAAACACAUCGCCGGCGAGGUCAUGUUUGAGUUCCCGGACAUGAUGGUUUGCCAUGCAGACUCCUUCUUUAUCGGUCACCCCAUCCCAGCUCUAUCCAUGGACGAUCGUCUCAUGCCUGGCCAAACUUACUUUGUUCUCCCUCUCGAUCGCUUUGCAUGCAAAGUGUUGUCAACUUCAUCUCUUGCAGCUUUGAACUCUAAGUCCAGCCCUAAACCUACUCCCAUCAACUUCGGUGCUUGCCCUUUCGAGCACGUUAAAGGCGCCAACGGUAGGGUUUUGAUCAAGGUAGUGCCUGAGUUUAUAACAAGCUUGAUUGUUAAAAGCAAGGAAGAAGAUAGUGAAAUUGGGAGCAGUGGGAAUAGUUUCCUCUGCAGCACACCGGAGCUGAAGAAGCAUUAUCAGAAUUUGGUGGGGUCUAAACAACAAGAUUGGUCGCCUAACCUGGAGACAAUUUCAGAGUAUAAGAUCAGGUUUUCACCGUGCAGGUUCAUAGGGUUGGAAUGGAAACAAAGGGAGAAUCAAUUCUGAUUUAAUUAUACUUCCUAAUUUCCAUUGAAGGUAGAAGGCCAUAAUAUAUAUAUAUACGGACUAUUCUUCUUUUUGAUUUAAUAGUUCCAAUUUUGUUGGAUGAUUUUGUGCCCUUUUUAACUGUAAGAUACAGGAAAUUUUAUAUUAGAGAUAGUUCUUAAUAUCUAAUAUACUUGUAAAUUAUUCCAUUAAA